UCUUGAACUAGCUAGCCAUGGGUUCACGCAGAUCUUAAUUAGAACAUGCAUAUAUGCAUCCUAGACUUUCGACUGUAAAAGAAAAUCUUUCUUUGUUUUUGUUUUCUUUUGACCCUAAUGCUCUGAAACAUGACUGUUUCGGAGAGUUUUUUACAGUACAUUAAUUAAUUUGCUGGUUGCAUUAGUACUGGAUCUCAGCAAAGGAUAAUACGUACCCUGCUGAAGAAGAUUUGUGCAACCCCGAGACUCGAUCCAAACAUGGCAAACGGUGCAAAUGUGGAUAGAGAUCAUCAGGCUCAAACUGGGGGAACUGGUCAGGAAGCAGAUCUGAAUAAAUGGCUACCAGUAACUGCAUCCAGGAAAGCAAAGUGGUGGUACUCAGCCUUCCACAAUGUUACUGCUAUGGUGGGUGCUGGGAUACUAGGCUUGCCAUUUGCAAUAUCCCAACUUGGCUGGAUCCCUGGAAUCGUAUCCAUAUUGGGUUCUUGGUUGAUCACUUUCUAUUCGUUGUGGCAACUGGUUGAAUUGCAUGAAGCAGUGCCCGGAAAGCGGUUUGAUCGGUAUCAUGAAUUGGGACAGCAUGCUUUUGGUGAGAAACUCGGGUACUGGAUUGUUGUCCCUCAGCAAGCCUGCGUUCAGGCGGCUACAACCAUAGUGUAUUCGGUUACAGGCGGGAAGUCGUUGAAGAAGUUCUUUGAUCUGCUCAUUCCGAGCGCUAAUGGUGUUAGACAAACAUAUUUCAUCCUCAUCUUUUCUUGCCUGCAACUUGUUAUCUCCCAAACCCCUAAUUUUAAUUCCUUGAAAGGAAUUUCCCUACUUGCUGCAGUGAUGUCUUUAUGUUACUCAUUGGUGGCUUUUGUGGCAUCAACCAUUAGGGGCAGUCAUAAUCACAAUUUAAUUACAUAUGGAGUUCGAUCUCACUCAACAGGGGGACAAAUCUUUGAUGCUCUAAAUGCACUUGGGACCAUAGCAUUUGCGUUUGCAGCACACAGUGUGGCCCUAGAAAUUCAGGCCACAAUCCCUUCAUCUUCACAGAAGCCCUCAAAGAAGCCAAUGUGGCGAGGUUGCCUUUGGGCUUAUAUCACUGUUGCCUUCUGCUAUCUCUCUGUCUCAAUAUCUGGUUUCUGGGCUUUUGGCAACGCUGUGGAUGACGAUAUUCUCGUUUCACUGGAAAAACCACGUUUGCUUAUUGCCAUUGCGAACCUUAUGGUGUUUUUCCAUGUCCUAGGAAGUUAUCAGGUUUUUGCUAUGCCCCUAUUCGACUUGCUAGAGUCAUUUUUGGUCCUCAAGUUACAUUUCACACCUGGACGAGCUCUACGCCUCAUUGGGCGUAGUACAUAUGUUGCCCUAGCAGGAUUUAUUGCAAUGUGCGUUCCGUUCUUUGGAGGAUUGUUAGGAUUCUUUGGAGGACUAGUAUUUGCGUCAACAUCAUUCUUUCUACCAUGCAUAAUCUGGCUCGUCAUUCGAAAACCGAAAACAUGGAGCUUUCAUUGGGUCGCAUCUUGGGUGUCGAUCAUCCUGGGCCUCAUGAUUGCAUUCUUCGCACCCAUAGGAGGAUUAAGACAAAUUAUCGUUUCGGCCAAGACCUACAAAAUCUUCUCCUAGUUUUUUU